GGGCUGGGAGCGGAGACGGAGGAGGAGGAGGAGGAGGGAGCGGCUGAAUGUUGGCUCCGUAAUAAAGGGGAGCGGCCGCUCCGGAGGCUCCUCCCGGGGCGCCCCCCUCAUCCCACCCGAUCUCUGCACCCGCGCCGGCCUCUGGGCGCCUGGCCCCCGCGGACGGCCCGGCAGCGCAGACCUUCGCUGAAGAGACGCGGCCAGUGGCGGGGACCGGCCAGCGGCGUCCGAGGCCCGCGACCCGCCGCCACCCCCACCCGCUUGCCCGCCGGUCCCUCCGGCCGCCGCCAUGUCCUCCUCCUCAUCCUCUCCCAGGGAGACGUACGAGGAGGACCGUGAGUACGAGAGCCAGGCCAAGCGCCUUAAGACCGAGGAGGGGGAGAUCGACUACUCGGCCGAGGAAGGCGAGAACCGCCGGGAAGCGACGCCCCGGGGCGGGGGCGAUGGCGGCAGCGGCGGCGGCCGGAGCUUCUCACAGCCGGAGGCAGGUGGAAGUCAUCAUAAAGUUUCUGUUUCUCCUGUUGUCCAUGUUCGAGGACUCUGUGAAUCUGUGGUGGAGGCAGACCUUGUGGAGGCCCUGGAGAAAUUUGGGACGAUAUGCUAUGUUAUGAUGAUGCCAUUUAAACGGCAGGCUCUAGUGGAAUUUGAAAACAUAGAUAGUGCCAAAGAAUGUGUGACGUUUGCUGCGGAUGAACCUGUGUACAUUGCUGGUCAACAGGCUUUUUUCAACUAUUCUACAAGCAAAAGGAUCACUCGGCCAGGAAAUACCGAUGAUCCAUCAGGCGGCAACAAAGUUCUUCUGCUAUCCAUUCAGAAUCCUCUUUAUCCAAUUACAGUGGAUGUUUUAUAUACAGUAUGCAAUCCUGUUGGAAAAGUACAACGUAUUGUUAUAUUCAAGAGAAAUGGGAUACAAGCAAUGGUUGAGUUUGAAUCAGUCCUUUGUGCCCAGAAAGCUAAAGCAGCACUCAACGGAGCAGACAUAUAUGCUGGAUGUUGUACACUAAAAAUCGAAUAUGCAAGGCCAACUCGUCUAAAUGUUAUUAGGAAUGACAAUGACAGUUGGGACUACACUAAACCAUAUUUGGGAAGGCGAGAUAGAGGAAAGGGUCGCCAGAGACAAGCCAUUUUGGGAGAACACCCUUCUUCGUUUAGACAUGAUGGCUAUGGCUCCCACGGUCCGUUAUUGCCUUUACCGAGUCGUUACAGAAUGGGCUCUCGAGAUACGCCUGAGCUUGUUGCGUAUCCGUUACCACAGGCUUCUUCCUCUUACAUGCACGGAGGGAAUCCCUCUGGUUCAGUUGUAAUGGUUAGUGGAUUACAUCAGCUAAAAAUGAAUUGUUCAAGAGUGUUCAACCUAUUCUGCUUAUAUGGAAAUAUUGAAAAGGUAAAGUUUAUGAAGACCAUUCCUGGUACAGCACUGGUAGAAAUGGGUGAUGAGUAUGCUGUAGAAAGAGCUGUCACACACCUUAACAAUGUCAAAUUAUUUGGGAAAAGACUUAAUGUUUGUGUGUCUAAACAACAUUCAGUUGUUCCAAGUCAAAUAUUUGAGCUGGAGGAUGGUACAAGUAGCUACAAAGAUUUUGCAAUGAGCAAAAAUAAUCGCUUUACAAGUGCUGGUCAAGCAUCUAAGAAUAUAAUCCAGCCGCCCUCAUGCGUGCUGCAUUAUUACAAUGUUCCGUUGUGUGUCACAGAGGAGACCUUCACAAAGUUAUGUAAUGACCAUGAAGUUCUUACAUUCAUCAAAUAUAAAGUGUUUGAUGCAAAACCUUCUGCCAAAACACUUUCUGGGCUGUUAGAAUGGGAAUGCAAAACUGAUGCAGUGGAAGCCCUCACCGCACUUAAUCACUACCAGAUAAGAGUUCCAAAUGGUUCCAAUCCCUACACAUUGAAGCUUUGCUUUUCUACAUCAUCCCAUUUAUAAGAAGAGAAGAGCAUGUUAGAAUUUAUGUUCACCUUUAUUACAGUUUUAAAGCUACACUUCAUUAAAAAAAAAAAUCUAAGAUUGUUGAUCUAAUGUUGCCUUGCUUACUUUGAUUUAAGAUCCUGUUCUGUAAUAAACAAAUAUUUUGCCUUGAGUAAAUUUGUUGUAAAGUUAAAUAUUGAAUUGUUUUCAUUUUAAAAUAGAGUAUCACAAUGUAGACUAUCUACAGCUUCCUUGUAGAUUACGCAAAUAACAUGAUUUCUAAUCUUAUUAUUUUUCUUCCGCAGUGAAAAUAUAUUUGCAUUCUUAAUGCUAAUUAUCUGCAAGUAUUUUUCCAUUGUGUAUGAGAUUAAUGCAGGUGAAAGUAUUGCAUUUUAAUAUUAUAGAAUUCCUAUUAUAUGUUUAGAUGUUUAAGUAUGUUGCAGUUAUUCAUAUUAAACAUAACUUGUAUUUAUUAAGUAUUUUAAUCAAGUUUGAGAAUAACAUUGCACAUAAUGAAUUUUAAGUACUAAAGAUUUAGCUGAUUUUAUAUUUCUGAAAGGCUAACAGACGUGGACACACUUGUACAGUAUGCACUCAAACUUAUUUAAAUCGGUGUAAUUUUUUUUUUUAAGUCAUUGUCCAUUUGUAUUGACAUGCCUCUGUUUCUAGUUCCAGUUUGAAGAUUUUAUAAAGUUACAACAAUGAGUUAAUGUGUUCAUUUUCAUUUGUUGCAUGUGACUUGAUCUUGAAAACACAUCUGGUAUUUGGCAUUGAGAUUUUAAUAGAAGUUAUGAUUAACAGUUACUCUUCUUGCUAACCUGAGAUCCCUGGGUGGGUUUUAGGGAGUUCAUGAACCCCUUAAAAUUGUAUGUAGAAUUUUGGGUACGUGCAUUUUUAUUUUUUACUCUUGAAUCCAUCAGUAACAUAUGUAUUUUUCUAUAUGGUGCAAGGUGUAAGGAUCUAAUUUUAUUUUUAUUCCAAACAGAUAGCUGUUUGUUUCAAUACCAUUUAUUAAACAUUCUUUCCUCCAUUGGAA